AUGGAGUUUGGAGUGAAGCACAGCAAAGAGCCAGUGCCCAGGCUAGCUGCCCUCAGCAGGUGUCUCUGCGCCUAUGCUGAUGGAACAAAGUCCUUGGAUCCAGUACCUCAUGCUCCUCUUGACUACAACUGCCAAUUAAGUUCACCAAAUACAGUACCUGAUGACCCUCCAGAAUGGAGUUCCCAUUUUAUACCUGGUAAGUCCCCAGGACCUACUGUCCCUCUGCUCUCAUACUACCCAGGAGGCUUGCUUAUGGGACAUGGCUGUCUAAACCAGCAAAAUGCCUUCCCCUUGUACCAGCCUGCUGGUGGCAUCCAUUCUUUACAGCACCAGCCUGGCAGAUGUCCAGUGUUAAAUGAGUCUGCUCCAAAAGCAAGGAUGCCAGAGCCACUUCCUAUGCCAACAUGCCCUCCUGGUCUGGAAUUUCUAUCUCAAUUGUUGGACAACAUACUCAUUCUUCAGCAUUUUGAAUACCUGGAAGUAAUGACAUCUCUUAAAACUGAUAAUGGAUACAAUAUUAAGAACAACCUGGACCAGAUGGUUUAUGCCGUAAAUGAAGACACAGACGACUUUACCAGAAAUGCUUAUCGGACACUAAGGCCCUUCGUCCUCCGAGUCACUGACUGUAUGGGCCGAGAAAUCAUGACCAUGCAGAGGCCUUUCAGAUGCACCUGCUGUUGCUUCUGUUGUCCCUCCACCAGGCAAGAGGUCAGAGAGCACAGUGUUCCUGGUGUCACUGCUGGCUUUGCUGUCCAGCCUGGAACCGUCAGAGUGGUUUACAGCAUCCAAAGCAAGAAGAAAGAAAAUGUGAUGGGAGUGCAUGGGCCACCUUCAACCCAUGGCUGGGGUUCAGAUUCUUCUUUUUAG